AAGGAAAAUAAAAAUGUAUCAUAUGAUAAGAUUGAUGACCAGUUUAUUUGUUCAGAAUGCUGUCAGUUCUUUCAGACGGAAGAAGAUGCUGAAAAACAUGUCAGUGAACACAGAAAAGGGUUUGUGAUGUGUGAUGUUUGUCAAAAAAACUGUAAAAGCAUCUACUCACUCUCAUUCCACAAACUUAUCCAUCAUACAUCUGUUCACAGAUGCUGUAAAUGCCCUUUCCAAGGUGAAAGUGUCCGUGAGAUAAUAAAACACUCCAGGAAAAAUCAUCAAUCAUCAAAAGGUAGUCGCAUGUGUCAUAUGUGUGGAUUGAUAUUGCAGUCAGAGGAUUUAUGGCUUUUACAUUGCUAUGAAGUUCAUAAGAUUGGUGAGAAACCAGAACCUCUAUACGUUUGUCAAUUUUGUGGCAGGAAAAUGUACUCUAGAAGUACUUACAGUGCCCAUAAACUGACACAUCUUGAAAAGGUGUAUAAAUGUCAUUACAAGAACUGUAAUUACAAAACGGCAUCAAAAAGUACUUUAAAGUCUCAUUCCAAAAGUGUACAUCUGGGUAUACGAAGAUACAAGUGUAUAUUUGAUGGUUGUGAUAGAAACUUUAACAAUAAAGUGUUAAGAAAAGAACACAUGAACAUGGUACAUUAUAAGAUAAGAAAUAUACCAUGUACUUGGCCAGAAUGUGAAAAGAGCUUUUAUGCUAACAAACAUUUGAAAAUGCACAUGAAAAUUCACACUGGAGAGAAAAACCUGAGUUGUGAACUUUGUGAU